GCUGACAGCGGGGUGAAGCCCCUUCAAAGUGCCAUGAAAAUGGCAACAGUAGCAAUACAGCUGGACGGAGAGAACAGACACAGGGUAAAGAGCCGCACCGCUGGACAGCAGAGACACCGCGGAGGUUUAUCCGCACAGGAAGCGGGCAGGAGGGAUGUAAACAGACGGAGGGGGCGGGAACCGUCAGAGGGAAGCUUACUGUGAAUACCUCAGGACCAUCAACUACAUAUCACAUGCACUUUUGGAGGAAGCUGGCUCACCAACCUCAGAGGACAAGGUCAUGGUAGCCGUGGAUGAGGAGCGGAUGUUGAGGCUGGCUGAGCAGUGUCUGGAGCGAGCCAAGUCAUUUUUAGGGAAGAGAGCUGAACCCCCUGACCUCUCAGCCUCCGUCUCUGCUACCAGUGCAUCUUGCCAAUCAGAGCCCCCUCAGACAGCUGUCCUCCCAGCCGCCAAUGCUGCUAACACUGUUCCUCCAUCUGAUACUCCCAUUGACACAGGGCGUAAAGCAACCAGCCCAACAAAGACCGGUCACCGCAGGGUGUUGUCAGAUGGCAGCAAGGAGCUCUCCCCUUUUUUGCCUCCGGAAGUCUUCCAGAAACAACAAACAGUGGAGUCACAGGACAUGAGCAGAAAGGAGCUGACACCCAUUGAAGAAGCAUCACGUUUGAACCAGAAGUUGAAAGCUAAUUAUGAAGCCCGUCUGGCAAGGCUAACACCUGGUCAGGCCUACCAGAAGACGUCUUUGACGCUCUCUCUCCAGAGGCAGAUGAUGGAGAACCUCAUCAUAGCCAAAGCCAGGCAGGAUGCUCUCCAGCGGAAGAUGGAAGAGAGAAGACUGAGACUACAGGAGGAGGCCAACAGGAGAUUUGCAGCAUCUGGGGCAAUGACUGCAGAGGAACAGGAGCAGCGGGUUCUCUAUACCAACGUACUGGAAUAUGAGCAAGACCAUGAAUGGCCCAAACUGUGGAAAGCCAACUUGAGGAAGAAUCCUGAUGAUGUCACAUUAGUGUCAGGUCUAGUCUCCUACCUGCUCAGCCAGUCUGACCACCCAGUGGUGAAGCUGCUGAGGAAAUACCAGUACCGAAUUUACAACAGGCUCUACCCCAUCGUCAGUAAAGGCUUUCCCCGGAGUCCUGCCCUGCCGCUUAGGCCUUCUCGCAGCACUCAAAACCUGAAUCAUCCAGAGACCCAGAAGAAAUCAACCAGGGGCAGUAGCGUUGGUGGCCAGAGCUUCAGCACCAGCUCGUCACUCUCCCCCUCACUCUCUCACCACCUCCACUCCAACUAUGAUGAUGAGGAAGGGGAGGAGCCUCGAACACAGCUUCCGGUUGAUCGGGAGAACUCAUUUGAAGAUCUGGAGCAGUUCCUGACCCAGUUGGACUGGGCCCCGCCCCACGGCAGCGCAGAUGACACCGGCUCAGAUUCAGAGCUGACCUGUGAUCCUUCAGUGCAGCCAGAGCAGGAUGAGGAAAAUGUCCAGGAGCUGGAGAUGAGAGCACUGAGAGAACACCUGAAGGCAACCGUCAAAGACAUUCAUAUUGCUAUUGAUCAGCUUCUGUCACUAUGCUUGCUAUCCUUUGAGUGUCUAAACACAGCCAGCUCUAAAGACCUGUGCCUCGCCAGCAUAGAGGAAGCCUUCUUCACUCCACUGUGGAGCGCCUUGGUGGCUCUUUUCAGGAGGGUCCACAGGGAAAGGGAGCAGGCCUUUGAGACAAGUAUGAAGUUGUACCGUGACGCUUCACCUGGAGAUGUAGGUGUUCCCUCAAAACUAUUCCCCAAAGACCCUGCCACACUUCAAGGUUCCUGUCCAUAUGAGUCUGCUGUUCAGGAGCUUAAGCUACUCAUUAAAGACUGCUGUCCACAGAGGAAGUUGGAAUGUAUUGUUAGGACAUUACGGCUGAUCUGUGCCUGCGCUGAGGAUUACAGGUGCCUUCACGAGGUUGACUCCACACCCAAAACAGCAGCCAUCGGUGCAGACGACCUGUUGCCCAUCCUGUCCUUCGUGGCUCUGCGGUGCCAGUGUCCUCAGCUGGUGUCUGAAUGCGCUGCUUUGGAGGAGUUCAUUCAUGAAGGCUAUUUGAUAGGAGAGGAAGGCUACUGUCUGACCUCUAUGCAGAGUGCCUUGGCCUACGUCGAGUCAUUGCACACAGGAAGAGCUCACCUUCCUGCAGACAAACUCAUUUGAAAAAGGCUGCUGCAGUGACAAGAGACCCUCAGCGACUCACCUUACGUUAUCUGCUGUGCUACAGAGAGGCGACAGCUGGACCUGCAGCUCCAUGCAAGUUGUGCAAACGCAUCCUAUCUUGUACACACUCAGAUAUCCUGUGUAGUUAACAGAAGGAGUUCCUUUGCUCUAUUUCCAGUCGAGGGCUUAACCAGUGCCUAUGAUAAUUGUUUCUAUCCAAAUCAGAAACUGAGCUUUGCUUGGACCUUUAAAGAUGUGUUUUCAACCUGCAAAGCAUCGAUCGCUGCAGUCACGAGCACUGGAUUGUUAAAGGGACUGUUUAUGGUAAAGAUUGGAAGUGAAGCCAUUGAUAAUAUAAAUUCUUUAAGAGGAAAAAACUGCGAUAUGUUUUGCUAAUGAAGGAAUAUGUUUGAAAACCAUAUCACAGGUCUUGUGAUUUUUCCCUAAGACUGUGUGCUUAGACUGAUAUAUGUCUUCCCUACAGUAUGGUUAGAGCAUUUCAAUUUUUUUAGGAAACCCACUGCAAGACAAGAAUGUCUUUUUAAUCCAUGUUCCCUGCUGAAUUUUUCUUUUUUUGUUCACAAGAAACAUACAAACUCAUAGUUAAGACAGUGUGCGCAUUUGCUUGUGUGUGUGUGUGUGUGUGUGUGUGUGUGUGUGUGUGUGUGUGUGUGUGUGUGUGUGUGUGUGUGUUGUUUAAAAGACUGGUGACAAAAUCUAUCCACUGAAUAGAAAAAAUGACUGAAUGCACUUUGGUUGUUGAAGCGUUCAGCAGCGAGGCUGGAUGAUGGCUUUGAGUUCAGACAGUCGAUCUAUAUGCAGACUUGCCUUCGGGAGCGAGACAGAGAUUUUCAGAGAUGCUAUGCUGCUGUGGGGUGGAAAGUCCAGUUUCUAGUUCACUGUGUUUGCAUGUAAUAACAUGUUCAUUUACAUUUAACUUACAGAUAUACAGGUAUAUGGUUAGGUAGUAGUAACUGUAGGUAGUAACACAGUUGCACUUUGUGAGUUCAUCCUUUUUUUUUUUUUUUAAAGUUGUGUGAGUUUGAGGGAUCUGAUGUGGUUUUAAAGGAAUACUGCAAAAUAAUUAUUUGUGCCUCACUUACUCACUGCUUGUUACUGUGAAUACAUUCUGGGCUACAUAUCUGGGCACAUAUGCAUUUGAACUCUGCUCAAGUGGACC